AAGAAGCAGAAGAAAGAGAAAAUGAAAUUAGAAAAUGGUGAGCUGAAACAACACGCCACACACAGAAUUAUACAGAAACUAGAAAGUGUAAUUAAGCAUAUUCUUACCCAUUAAUCUCUCACCUUUAUUGUGUCAUCCAACCUCAAUCUCCGUUUCCAGAUCCCCAAGAACACAGCUCAACAAAAAAGUACUUUAAAAAGACUCUCUUUCUCCCUCUAUCUCUCUAUAUAUAUUUCUCACUAGCUCUUUCACACACACACACACUUUUUCUCUCUCUAUCUCCUCUCUAAUUCACACAUCAAGAUUCAAGAAUCAACAACAUCCUUGAAAUGAAUAUUGAGGAAGAGGGAGCCACUCAUAAGAGGAAGAAGAGAGAGAUGGGUAGAGGGAAGAUAGAGAUAAAGAAGAUAGAGAAUCAGACGGCGAGGCAAGUGACCUUCUCCAAGAGAAGAACUGGUCUUAUAAAGAAGACUCGUGAGCUCUCUAUUCUCUGUGACGCUCACAUCGGUCUCAUCGUCUUCUCAGCCACCGGAAAGCUUUCCGAGUUCUGCUCCGAACAGAACAGGAUGCCUCAACUCAUUGACCGAUACUUGCAUACCAACGGAUUGCGACUUCCUGAUCAUCAUGACGACCAGGAGCAAUUGCACCAUGAGAUGGAACUACUAAGAAGAGAGACAUGUAACCUUGAGCUUCGUCUGCGUCCAUUCCAUGGACAUGACUUAGCCUCCAUUCCUCCUAAUGAGCUUGACGGACUCGAGAGACAGCUAGAACAUUCUGUCCUCAAAGUCCGUGAGCGUAAGAAUGAGUUAAUGCAGCAACAGUUGGAGAAUCUAAGCAGAAAGAGGAGGAUGCUAGAAGAAGAUAACAACAACAUGUACCGUUGGCUUCAUGAGCAUCGUGCAGCGAUGGAGUUUCAACAAGCUGGGAUAGAUACCAAACCAGGGGAGUAUCAACAGUUUAUAGAGCAGCUUCAGUGCUAUAAACCAGGGGAGUAUCAGCAGUUUCUAGAGCAGCAGCAACAACAACCAAACAGCGUUCUUCAGCUUGCUACACUUCCUUCUGAGAUUGAUCCUACUUACAAUCUCCAGCUUGCUCAGCCUAAUCUUCAAAACGAUCCAACGGCCCAGAAUGAUUAAUACAAUUCUCAAUAGAUAUCUACUCUUUCUUUAUGGAGACAGAUUCAUGAACUUUUAUUACCUAUAUUUUGAUAAGCCAGUGUCUUCUUUUGUGUGGCUAUGGAAACCUUGUUUAAAGCACAAUGCACUUGAGUUCUUGGUUAUAUAAUUAAUCAUCAUUAUUACAUAUUUUCCAACUAAAGAUCAUCUGUUUAUGUAAUGAAACACCCUUGUUC